CAGAGGGGGUAAAAAUCUAGUGUUUAGCUCAGUGUGAAAGUGUUGUGCACCGAUUUGCCCAGCCAUGGCUUCGAUUGAGGCAGUGCAGAACAAAACGUGGGACCUGUCCCUGUACGAGUUGCACCGCACGCCGCAGGAAACGAUCACGGACAACACCGAGAUUGCCGUGUCGCCCCGCAGCCUGCACAGCGAGCUGAUGUGCCCGAUCUGUUUGGAUAUGCUGAAGAAAACGAUGACCACCAAGGAGUGCUUGCACCGGUUCUGCUCCGACUGCAUCAUCACCGCGCUGCGGUCCGGCAACAAGGAGUGCCCGACGUGCCGCAAGAAGCUCGUCUCGAAGCGUUCGCUUCGGCCGGAUCCGAACUUUGAUUUGCUCAUCUCGAAGAUCUACCCGAGCCGCGACGAGUACGAAGCGCACCAGGAACGGGUGCUGGCCAAGUUCAACCAGAGCCACUCACAGCAGGCGCUGGUGCACUCGAUCAACGAGGGUAUCAAACUACAGUCCCAGAACCGUCCCAACCGGGGCAAGAAGGGCGAUAAUGAACCGUGCCCGGCGAAUGCCAGCUCAUCGUCCACCGCGACAGCAGCUCCGGCAACGCCGUCUACAAACGUGCCGAGCAACAGUGGCACGACCGAACCGGCUAGCAAGGAGACGAAUCAGCCGAGUGCACCCGCCAGUGCCGGUGCCAGUGCUGCUGGUUCCAGCUCUGGGGCAGGUUCCAACUCUGCCGCUGGUUCCAGCUCGGGCACCGGUUCCAGUUCUGGCGCCGGUUCCAGUACCGGGGCUCCGUCGACCACCACCGGUGAACAGUCGCGUCCGUCGAAUCCGCCUUCCGUACGCAGCACACCAUCGCCCGUACCGUCGAACGUUAGCUCUGCGAGCAAAGUGAAGCGGCCACGCUCGGUCAUGAUGUCGGAGCGUUCGGAAGAAUCGGAAAGCAACAGUGAGGUCGAUGUGCGAACGGAAGAGAACGACUCGAAUCUCGACACCGAGGGCGACGGCAACUCGGAGCACGGUAGUGACGAGAUCGAGCUCGUCUUCAAACCGCACCCGACCGAGAUGACCGGCGAUAAUCCGCUGCUGAAGGCACUGAAGGAAAAUUCGGUUCGCUACAUCAAAACGACGUCGAACGCCACAAUUGAACAUCUGAGCAAGUAUCUGGCGAUGCGCCUGACGCUCGAUCUCGAUCCGGAGCUGCCCGAGUCGUUCCGCUUGCUGAACUUCUGCAUCUACAUCGCCCAGCAACCGAACCAGCUGGUAGUGCUCAGCGGCAACCAGACGCUGCAGCAAGUGAACGAAAAGUUCUGGAAGGUAGCGGUUAACAAGCCGCUGGAGAUGUACUAUUCGUGGAAGAAGUCCUAGGCCUCAGCGACGGCCCGAAGAUGGCAGCGAUCGCCAUUGAAUGAGCAGCAAACCCACUACUAACACCUAUCAAUUAAUCGACUAAAUAUGGAUGUGUGUGUUAAUUCGAAGGAUAAGUUUAAAAGUAGUUCCGUUCGGAUAAUAAGAACAACUUUGUCACAAUGACCAGAGUUUUGAAGCGGGCAGACACGUUUCGGACGAGCUGUGCCUGUGUCACAAUUAAUCCAUCGCCGAAACAAUGAAAACAUGAAAGAAAUCAAAUAAGUCAUUCGUUGGUAGGAGCGCAUUCCUUAUGGUUCCUUAUGGCGUCCAACGUAUAGACGGACUUUCGGAUAAUACGGUUUUGCAAAACAUUCGUCUAACUAUCACACCGACGGGCAUGUAUUUCGAGGUUUACUACAUUCCUACGCCUCACAUCUCUUCCUUCCUUCCGUGUGUUGUUACUACAAAACCCUGAUCAAUCGAAUAAUGUAGGGCAUACAAAUGAGUCUAUGUGUGGCUGAUAUUAUUAUCAUGAUUAAAUAGUUUCCUGGAAGCUCACGUCCGCGAACGACAACUCGGUGCUGCUGGGUGGUCACGCGCCACCCAGCAAAUCGGCAGCGCAGGAAGUCUCUUAGGUCCUAGUUUGUAGACGUGCUAGUCGAAUGCCGAAUGAUUCCUGAAACACUGCCGGAUGAAUAGAGCACCCUUGCUGUACCUGCCUGUACCUGCUGUGUCUGGCUUCAACUAAAUAAUUACUAGCUCCUGCCCACUCGUAUCACUCGUAUACUCUCAAAUAGCACAGUGAAUACUAGCCAUCCAGGUUGUCCUUCUCCAACAAUGGAAUACCGACUUCGGCUUAUUCCGGAGGAUGCAUCGUUACCUGUCGUGUUGUGGGGACAACUUGAGCCAGCGAAAAAGAAACACACACAAAUCAAAUAAAACUGAACUUU